AUGAUACUACUGUAUAUUGGUUUCGGGGAGGAAGCUGCUCAUGGUAUUCAUGGAUAUAUGGCACCUCCGGAAGAGACGGGACUUGAUACCUCUUCUGUCGAUGGUGACACGACGUCUACUAGCAGUGCUGGGGAUGUCACGGACCGCCUGGCUAAGCAUUUGGAACUGGACGAGAGCAAUUUGUCGGAGUUGAUCGGCAUGGUGGGAGAAGGAGGGGAACACCGAGGAGAUGGGGAGGAGGAGGAGGAUCUGGCGGGAGCGGUUGAGGCUUUGCUGCAUGCCACAAGCAACUGGAUGGACAACAAGAAUGGUGGCGAAGGAAAAGUGGAGGGUGGUGAUAGUCUACGACGAAGUAUCGCGGCCCAGGAGCGGCAUCUGCAGGGCCUUCGGGAUGAGCACGAAUCCCAUACAGCUAUGCAACAGGCAUACCUUGAGAAGAUUAGGAUGUAUGAAGGCAUGGUGGAGAAGGCCAACAAGGAAAAAGAGGAGUUAGCAGCACAGAUAAAUGCUAAGAAAAGCGACAGAAAAAUGACAGAGUUACUGGAGCGGAAGCAACGAGAUAAUCAGAGGAUGCUGGACCAACAACAGAAGGAGAUGCAGCAGCUACGACGGGAAUUGAGUAGCAUUCAGAAGGCUAAGGAUCGAUGUGGACAGGAGGUUGUUCGCCUGGAAAAGGAGUUGUCGAUGGCUAAGGCGGAGAAGGUUCGAAUUCAGAAGCAAAGGAAAGAACAUGACGAAGCGCAUCGGAAGAUCCUCCAGGACAGGGAUAGGGUGAUAAACCAGUUGAAGCGAAUACAGGCCAAGAAGACAUUGGAGGCUAAGAAGAACGCUGAUGUGCUAUUCAGGCGUCCUCGGAAGACUGCCAUAUUGUGUGCUCAGUCCAACAAGAAGACUGUCACUACGUUGACUGUUCGAAAUGAGACAUUGUUGAAGCAACUGAAUGCACUGAAAGAGGCUCAGAAGAGGCGUAAGCUGUUGACUUAUGCUAUUGGCUACUUUGCGCGUCAUCUCGUGUGA